UGGCAUGGCGUGGUGUGGCGUUGUGCGGCGCGGUGUGGAGGGCGUGGUGUGGCAUGGUGCCGAGGACGAAGUAGUGCAGUGGAGUGGACGGAGGUGUGUGGCGGUGAGUGGCAGAGUGCAACGGAGUGCGGCGCCGAACAGCAGAGAUCACGAAGACACCAACACAGCUGCUAGAACCAUUCUAGCUCUCAUCUUAGAAACUUUGCUAAAGGAAGGAACAGGACAGAAGAACUCCUUUGCACAGUGUGGGCUCUUCUUUGUUUCCAGAUAAGUAAAAUUCAGCUUCUACCUCUCUAAGUUUUGACACAGUCACCAAAUUUUUGAUAUAUAUGUCAUCCUAUGUGGAAAUUUAAGGCACAGAUCGGGAAAGGACAAACCACAGCUUCACUUUGAACAGCCCACCUCUGUGUUUCCUGGCAGAAGCUGCUUGCUCUGCUCUGCUUCCAUCUGUAGAGAAUGUGUGGCUUUUUUUUUUUCUUUUUUAAAGAUUGAUUAUACUCAUGCAUACAAGAACCAGGGUACAGACAGGCCAGAUGUGCGGGAGGGUGAGAGGAUUCACCAGAGACAGAGCGGGGAACAGAACAGGCAGACUGACUGAAAUACACUGCUGAAGGGAGCAGUGGGCGAGACAGAAGAGGUCUGCCGCACUAUGUGGGUAGCUCCCUGGCUGGCUGGGAUUAAACCCACCAACAGGGGCUGCAGACAGCCUCACAGUGCUGCAUUCAACCACCUGCACCACCAGGGAGGCCCUGUGUGACUUGUUUUUGUCAAGCAGUGAUGAGAGGUAGCAAGAGCCAAGUGUUGCUGGCUCUGUCUAUAACAGACUGAGCGCAAUUAAGGAGUGGACAUGUGUCCACGUCUUUAAAUAUAUAUUUCAGAUGAGGAUUAGUCAUGUAUCCAAAUUCAAAUAUCUUUCUAAUCUUGUGGUUGCUGUGAAGAGCUCACAAGUCAUUCAAUCAGACAUCAGAGGCCACUGCAUAACCCGUCACCCAAUAAUAGGGCCUCUCAUGUAUGAUCCUCCUCGGCUGCAGUAACCCAGGCCUUCAUCCUUACAACAGUCACCUCAGCAUGGUUUUGCCUCUUUCUGCAGAAUGUGAGUCCCCUGAGGAAAAGGAUCCAAUCUGAUUAACCCCUUUGCCCCUCACUGUGAACAUCAUAGGGUCUGUGUAGAAGAGACUGCUAAAUGGCACCAAAUUUGUUUCCUCUACUUCCGGUACAUAGAUGGACCAGGUUUCCUAGUGAACUGUGCAAUAUGGGUGGUCUAGUCAAUCUUCUAGCAUAAAUACAAUUGCCUUCCAGGACUCUGGAGUUGCUUCUAGGUUUCCAUAGAAACCUUCAUCUACUACACCUCCACGUGUAUAAGUCCUUUGUAUAUUCAUAGCAACCUUGGAAUUUGCUUGCUGAAGAUGGUGGGGCCAGAAUCACUGCUUGAAAGAGACUACCCCCUUUACUGGCACCGCUAACAUCUAGUCAGACCCACACUUCUACUAUGUUCAACCACUGAAAAUUGUUAUUGUAGUUAUAACAGCCAACUUAUCAUAAACAGUCUUGCCCAUGUAGGCAUUCAACAUUUUUUUUUGAAAUGGAAAGUUGUAGUGAGGUUCUAGUGGUCAGUAGAGAAAGCAAUAAACUUCAAAACCUAGGUCAGGUGUCCAAAUAUGGACCAGCUUUCCUUUUAGUGAAACUGAUCCUACCAAGUAGGAGGGAGAGGCCUUGUUUUAAUGCAUUCCACAUACCCCUUGUAGUUUCAUUCCAUAAGCCUCAUGGUUACACCCUCCCCUGUAACCACAUAAUCCCACAUGCCCUUCACCUCAAGAAUCAGAGCAGAGUUCUAGAGAAAACAUGGUAGGAGGUAAUAUUUCCUGGUAGAAAUAAUUUGGAUGAAACACAAGAGACCUGACUUUGAGUCCUGGAUCUGCCUUUUUUUUUUUCACUGAGUAGCCUAAGCUACUCAUUACCUCCAAGGCAUUUGUGAACACUUGUGAUUUUUUUAGAAGACUUUAUGUUGCCUUUUAUUUUGUACUUGCACAGGGCAAAAGAGUUCAUCAGUAGGAAGGAGCUGAAGUCUUGGGUUUGGACUAGUAGAAAGAGAAGACACAGUCCUUUUGAUAUAUAAAGUUAGGCCUAGCUUGUCCUGUGUAUCUACCACCCAAAGAAUGGAGAACAAAUCAACAAGUCUGACAUGAUGUACAAGUUCAGCAUGGCUGGGCAUACCUCUGAUUACAUCUCCAUCGUCAUUAUCUAAUGCUCCUUGUUUUUCUUUUUAUUUUCAAAUCUUAAUUUCCCUUAAUACACCUAAUAGUCUCUAUUUUCUCAUUUCUUUUGAACCUUUUAACAAAUUCUGUUUUGUUCUCAGGCCUUAUACAUGCUCACCCCCAGCCACUAGCUCCCACUCCCCCUAUCUGGUUAACUUAUUUUCUUCCUUGCUGUCAGCAUAGUGUUCACUCAGUAAGUCUGAGUUUGGUGUCUGUCUUAUUUAAGAUUUUGCUUACUUGUCUGUCCUUCCCAAGCAACUGUAAACUCCCUUAGGGUAAAGGAUGGUUCUUCUCUCAGGCUUGUAUCCUAGGGGCCUAGAAUGCCUGGAACAUCUGUUGUUUUAAGCAUACUUGCUGAGUUAAAGAAGACUAGAGUUGCUCUAAUUGUUUUACUUUGUAUCUUUAUACUACAGAAACUUUAGGCCCCAGAAAUCCCAAACAAAAGGGAUUUGUUAAGAACGUUGGAUUAUCUAUUUAACAAUGUGUAUAGAACAAGGUAGUCCUAGGCUAGGUUUUGUGGUUCAGAGGUAUGAUAAGGAUCUAAACUUUUUCAUUUUUUUGAUCCAUUUUUGUUAGCAGAGAUAUUUUCAUUCUCCUUGUGAUCAGAAAUGGCUUGCCAUGCUCCAAGCUUUGCAUCCUCAUACAACAAUUCAAAGGAAAGGAGAAAAGAAAGGAUAGAAAAAAGUUCUCUCUUUUUCACCAAUAGGAUAAUCUUUGCCAGAAGACUUUGUUCUCCAGCUGAUUUUCCUUUGUAUUUGUAGGAUGGAGGAGCAAAGUAAGAAGGAUCAUCGGGCUUUGCUGAACCCAGGAGAAGAGAAUGAGCUGGAGGUGUUUGGUUACCGGACUCAGAAUCUCCGCAGAGCCUUCUGGCUUGUAGCUUCUGUGCUGACCUGUGGUGCCCUACUGCUGGUAUUCUACUGGAGGCCGCAGUGGAGGGUGUGGGCCAACUGUGUCCCAUGCCCGUUGCAAGAAGCAGAUACCAUUUUGCUAAGGACAACGGAUGAAUUUCAAAGAUACAUGAGAAAAAAAGUGACCUGCCUCUACUUAUCCACACUGAAGUUUCCUAUAAGCAGGAAUCCAGAAGAACCCCUGUUGGCUGACCGCCACUCCGUCAUAAACCAUGCUGUAUUGAAGCCAGAAUUAAAACUGCGAUGCAUCCAAGUGCAGAAAAUUAGGUAUGUUUGGGACAACUUGGAGAAGAGGUUUCAGAAAGUUGGGUUGCUGGAAGAUAGCAACUCGUGCUAUGACAUCCAUCAUACAUUUGGAUUGGGUCUGACUAGUGAAGAGCAAGAGAUCAGAAGAUUAGUGUGCGGGCCCAAUGCCAUUGAGGUAGAAAUUCAACCCAUAUGGAAGCUUCUUGUUAAACAGGUUUUAAAUCCAUUCUAUGUAUUCCAAGCAUUCACCCUAACUUUGUGGCUGUCUCAAGGUUACAUAGAAUAUUCUGUGGCCAUCAUCAUCUUGUCUGUUUUAUCCAUUAUUUUAAGUGUGUAUGAUUUGCGACAGCAAUCAGUUAAGCUACACAACUUAGUGGAGGAUCACAACAAAGUCCAGGUUAUGAUCAUCGUAAAAAGCAAAGGUUUGCAGGAGCUGGAAUCCCGUCUUUUGGUUCCCGGAGACAUUCUUACACUUCCAGGAAAAUUGUCGUUGCCUUGUGAUGCGAUUCUGAUUGAUGGCAGCUGUGUGGUGAAUGAAGGCAUGCUCACAGGAGAAAGUAUUCCUGUUACAAAGACACCAUUGCCCCAUAUGGAGAAUACCAGUUCCUGGAAAUCCCACAGCUUGGAGGACUAUCGGAAACACAUUCUUUUCUGUGGAACAGAAGUUAUCCAGGUCAAGCCCUCUGGGCAGGGCCCAGUAAGAGCAGUUGUUUUGCAGACAGGUUACAACACAGCAAAAGGGGACUUGGUGAGAUCCAUCCUCUACCCUCGGCCUCUGAACUUCAAACUCUAUAGUGAUGCCUUCAAGUUCAUAGUGUUCUUGGCUUGCCUUGGAGUCAUGGGCUUUUUCUAUGCUCUUGGUGUAUAUAUGUACCAUGGAGUCCCUCCAAAGGACACAGCAACCAUGGCCCUGCUCCUCCUCACUGUGACCGUCCCUCCUGUGCUGCCCGCUGCCCUGACCACGGGCAUCGUGUAUGCGCAAAGGAGGCUGAAGAAAAAGAAAAUCUUCUGUAUCUCCCCACAAAGAAUCAAUAUGUGUGGGCAGAUAAACCUUGUGUGCUUUGACAAAACUGGCACUCUGACAGAGGAUGGCCUGGACCUCUGGGGCACUGUCCCUUCUGCAGACAACUGUUUCCAGAAAGUCCACAGUUUUGCCUCAGGCAAAGCUUUGCCCUGGGGCCCACUUUGUGCAGCCAUGGCCAGCUGCCACUCUCUGAUUCUUCUGGAUGGGACCGUCCAGGGAGAUCUACUGGACCUCAAAAUGUUUGAGGGCACUGCCUGGGUCAUAGAAGAUUUCAAUACAGACUACUGUACCUUUGGAAUGUCACAGUCAAGCAUAAUAAUAAAACCAGGGCCACGUGCCAGUCAGAGCCCUGUGGAAGCCAUUGGCAUCUUGCGUCAGUUUCCCUUUUCCUCAAGUCUGCAGAGGAUGUCUGUGGUGGCUCAGCUGGCGGGGGAUGAGCACCUCCACGUCUACAUGAAGGGUGCUCCAGAGAUGUUGGUCAGGUUCUGCAGAUCUGAAACAGUGCCCAAGAAUUUCUUACAGGAACUGAGGAAUUACACAUUACAAGGUUUUCGUGUCAUUGCCCUUGCCCAUAAAAUCUUGAAGAUGGGGAAACUUUCAGAAGUGGCAUGUUUGGUCAGGGAGAUGGUGGAAUCAGAGUUAACAUUUUUGGGGCUUCUCAUAAUGGAGAAUCGCUUGAAAAAGGAAACCAAACCAAUCUUGAAGGAACUGAGGGAGGCCCACAUCAGGACGGUGAUGAUUACUGGUGAUAACCUUCAAACAGCCAUUACUGUUGCAAAGAAUUCUGAAAUGAUUCCUCAAGGGAGCCAAGUGAUCCUCGUUGAAGCCAAUGAACCAGGAGAGUAUGCUCCUGCCUCUGUGACCUGGAAGCUGGUAGAGAACCAAGAAAAUGGACCUCAGAAGAAUGAAACCUACCAGAACAUUGGAAAUAGUUUGGUGCCUGAUGGAGAAAGAGGGAAGCAUUACCACUUUGCAAUGAGUGGGCAAUCAUACCAAGUGAUAUUUCAGCAUUUCAACAGCUUGCUUCCAAAAAUUCUGGUGAAUGGAACCAUUUUUGCAAGAAUGUCUCCAGGACAGAAAUCAAGCCUGGUUGAAGAAUUUCAGAAAUUAAAUUACUAUGUGGGCAUGUGUGGAGAUGGAGCUAAUGACUGUGGGGCUUUGAAAAUGGCUCAUGCGGGCAUUUCGCUGUCAGAGCAGGAGGCAUCCGUGGCAUCCCCUUUCACCUCGAAAAUAGCCAACAUCGAGUGUGUGCCUCAUCUCAUCAAAGAAGGCCGAGCAGCACUGGUUUCGUCCUUUGGGGUAUUUAAGUAUCUGACCAUGUACGGCAUAAUUCAGUUUAUUGGUACAUCACUGCUCUAUUGGCAACUACAACUCUUUGGGAAUUACCAGUAUCUCAUGCAAGAUGUAGCCAUUACCUUGAUGGUCUGUUUAACAAUGAGUUCAACCCAUGCCUAUCCAAAGCUGGCUCCGUACCGCCCUGCAGGACAGCUCCUCUCACCCCCUUUGCUGCUGUCAGUCUUUCUGAAUACUUGUUUCACAUUGAUCGUGCAGACCUGUGCAUUUCUCUAUGUGAAGCAGCAGCCCUGGUACUGUGAAGUCUACAGAUACAGUGAGUGCUAUCUGGCCAACCGAAGUAAUUUCUCCAUGAACUUGAGUUUGGAAAGUAACCAGACUGGGAAUGCAACUGUGUUGUCCACUUCAAUUUUAAGUUUUGAGAAUACCACGCUGUGGCCCAUCACCACCAUCAACUGUAUCACAGUAGCAUUCAUCUUUUCUAAGGGAAAACCAUUUCGAAAACCUGUCUACACAAACUAUAUAUUCUCAUUUCUGCUGAUAUCUGCCUUGGGCCUCACAAUUUUCAUUCUGUUUUCUGAUUUUCAAGAUAUUUACCAUGGAAUGGAGAUCAUCCCAACCAUAACAUCAUGGAGAGUUUCCAUUUUGAUGGCAGCCCUCACCCAAUUCUGUGUGGCCUUCUUUGUGGAGGAUGCCAUCCUUCAAAAUCGAGAGCUCUGGUUAUUGAUCAAGAAAGAAUUUGGAUUCUAUUCGAAAAGUCAAUAUAAGACCUGGCAAAAGAAGUUGGCAGAAGAAUCAACCUGGCCACCUAUAAACAGGACAGAUUAUUCAGGUGAUGGCAAAGAUGGAAUCUACAUCAAUCUAGGCUAUGAAAGCUCUGAACAGAUCCCAAAAGAAAAACUCCAGUGGGAAGGCCAAACCAUAGAACAGCACUUUUGGACCAAACUGUAAACAGAAUUAUUGUAACACGUGUCUAGCAUAUCUGCUUUUUUUUUUUUUUUCCCCAGAAACUAAAACACUAUGGGGAGGUGAGGCCCAGCUACUUCUAUCUUUUCUCUCUCCUUCUGAGGACUCAAAACACACUGCUCAUUUCUCAGUGUAUUGAGUCUUGCAACAAGGGACUUUAAAUAUGCUUUUCCUGACUAUAUCCUCCACCCCUGAGGAAAAAAAUGCACUUCCUGGAUUAUUUUUUUUCUAAUAAACUUUAUAUACAUUGCAUAAUAGUAUCCUUGUUAAAAUGCUCAACUUUUCAUGGUAGCUAAAUUAAUAACAUGAAUGACAAUAAAAGAAUGAGUUUAUGAUCUUUGAAAG